GAUAGAAUGUUACAUUGGAGCCAUCCUCAAGUCUAAGGAUACUGCUGGCCGACUGUACCACAUGAAUCACUACACCAUGGGGGUAAUAUUACACAGCACAAGAGAGCAGAUGGCCAGGCAGGGUUUAAAAAAGGUCACAUGUGAUGACUAUGAUGGAGCCAUUGGAUUUGUAGACAUAAAAAAUGUGCACUGGAAGUUUGUGCCUUUCAAACCACAUUUUUGUCGUUGAUCCUCUGCAAGGCUCCAAUGAAGUUGAGGACUCCAGAAAGGCUGGCUACAAAUUUGGACAGCACUUCAAGAUGCGCCGGAAUCGACUUGGAAAGGAAGAUUGGGUUAACAUCAAGUGGCAGCCUGGCAAAAUAACCCACACCUUCCAGAAAGAUGCCACCAGUUGGGGGAUCUUUGUCAUGCCGGUGAUCUUGUCUUCAGUAUAGAUAAACAUCUGUUUUUUUUAUUGUGCAAGACCAUACAUAGCACAUGUAUUGUUUUGACAUCUGUCCAGAUGGCCAAGAUGACGGUGAUGGAAUUUCACAUUGAUUCAUCCAAACAAUCUCUUCAAAAUCUAAGAAGAGAAAUGUCAGAAGAAAUUUUGAGAGGAUCAGUGGCAAAGAUGACUUCUGUUCCCUCUGUGGAAAUAAGGACUUACUGCAAACUGCUGUUGAUGCUGUUCGGAUUCAGUGUGGAACUUGUACAAGAUGGUUUCACACGCAGUGCCUUGGAAUGACAGCAGCACAAAUCCCAAACAAAGACACCCCUUGGUAUUGUGAGUUGUGCAACAGCCCUGAAUGACGAGACUGUUGGUCCACCACACACAAGAUCCACUGCAGUUUGGAUACCAGGAGCAGGUGGACGUGGAGGAUGCCAUCCUCUAUCUGCUCCAAAGGGCCCACUCUUAUCUGGACAAGGAGAGCGGCGCUGUGAGAAUCCCGCUUUUUGAUUUCUCCAGCGCCUUCAACACCAUCCGGCCGCUCCUGCUGAGAGACAAGCUGACAGAAAUGGGGAUGGACCAACUCCUGGUGACCUGGAUUACAGACUACCUCACGGAGAGACCACAGUAUGUCAGACUGAAGGGCUGCACGUCAGACACUGUGGUCAGCAGCACCGGAGCACCACAGGGGACCGUGCUCUCUCCCGCCCUCUUCACCUUGUACACAUCUGACUUCCAGUACAACUCGGGGCUCUGCCACAUGCAGAAAUACUCGGACGACACUGCGAUAGUUGGCUGUAUCAAGGAUGGACGGGAGGGGGAGUACAGGAGCCUGGUCGAGGACUUUGUGAGGUGUUGCGGGUCCAACCAUCUGCAGCUGAACACCUCCAAGACCAAGGAGAUGGUGGUGGACUUCAGAAGGAAGAAACCACAUCUCCAACCCGUGUCCAUCGAGGGGGUCAAUGCGGAGGUGGUCAGGACCUAUAAAUAUCUGCGGCUGCAACUGGACGACAAGCUGGACUGGACAGCCAAUAUGGACACUCUUCACAGGAAUGGGCAGAGCCGUCUGUACUUCCUGAGAAGGCUGGGGUCUUUCAACAUCUGUAAAAAACUGCUGCAGAUGUUUUACUGGGGAGGAAGCCCAGAGAGACACCGGUCGACUGGACAGACUGGUGAGGAGAGCUGGCUCAGUGGUGGGCACAGAGCUGGACUCUCUGGUGACAGUGGCAGAAAGAAGGACCCUGGACAAACUGCUGUCCAUACUGGACAACACCCACCACCCUCUGCACAACACCUUCACCAGGCAGAGGAGUGUGUUCAGUGGCAGACUGCUGUCCCAGUCCAGACUCAAAAACUCUUUUGUCCCCCAUCAGACUGUACAACAGCUCUCAGUAAAGGCAGGGAGGACAAGAGACAAUGGACAAUUUCUACCUCCGUUUGCACUGUUUACUGUUUUUGCACUGUUGACUGUGGCUACUGUGUUAUAAGUUAAGUUUAUUUUAUUGUAUGUUUAAUGUCUGUUUCGUAUGCUACUGGAUACUUGAAUUUCCCUUGAGAUAACUAAAGUAUCUAUCUAUCUAUCUAUCUAUCUAUCUAUCUAUCUAUCUAUCUAUCUAUCUAUUUAUUUUAAGAAAAGGAAAGGAAGACAUGUUCCAUUGUUUGGAACAGUUGUAGUAUCACCAGGAGGGUGUAAAUGAUGGAUACAGUGAUUUUGGUGGCACUGCAGUUCAUAAUUAUUGAGUUAUUGAUUAUUUAUCCCAAUAAA